AGAGUUCGAAGAAAGUGAAUUUCCACGAUGUUUAUAUUUGUUUACUGAGUAAUUUUUUGUACUUUGAACCACUCAUGAUUGAUUCUGAACGGGCAAAAGCCCAAAAAGAAGGCUCCCUUUGAUGGUUUCUCCGUCGCAGACGUGAGAGGAACUACAGCCUACAAAUUUCCAGACUGCACCAAUUUUGAGCAAAAUUGACUCUGAAAUGGCUAAGAACGCUUAUCAUUGUCUGGUCCCUAGCUUACAAUCUCGUCAGCUUGGAAUCCUCUCUCCGCGGAAUUUCUCCAGGGACACUUCAGGUUCUUGUGGACUUGUGAAAAGACUCACACUACACGACAAACUUGUUCACCACGAUGGAUGUGUGAAUACGCUACAUUUCAACAUGUCCGGGGACCUUCUAGCUUCUGGAAGUGAUGACUUAGAAAUCGUCAUAUGGGAUUGGGCUAAAGGCAAGAAAAAGAUAGCUUACCAAAGUGGACACUCGAGCAAUGUCUUUCAGGCCAAGUUUAUGCCAUACACUGGUGAUAGUACAAUAGUAAGCUGUGCUAGAGACGGGAAGGUACGCGUUGGUUUCCUCCAUUCCUCGAGUGAUGUUUGUAAGAAUACCAAAUGUCUUGCACAACACAAAGGAGCGGCACACAAGCUUUGCAUAGAGCCAGGAUCACCAUGUGAAUUUCUGACAUGCGGAGAGGAUGGAGUUAUUUUCCAUGCUGAUCUCCGAGAAGAUAAAGCUCACAAACUGUUUUGCUGUCGUGUUGAGGAGCACCGAAGAGUUCCUCUGUACACAAUCUUUAUCAAUCCUCUGAACAACUAUGAGUUUGCUGUGGGUGGCAGGGAUCAAUUUGCAAGAAUUUAUGACAGAAGAAAACUCCCAGAUGACAGUAAAGCUUCAGUGGAGCCUGUGAAACAAUACUGUCCCCAUCAUCUGAUGGGAAGUAAUGACAUCUUUGCCAACAUCACUUGCUUGGUUUAUUCAUAUGAUGGGACAGAACUGCUUGUUAGUUACAAUGAUGAGAACAUUUACCUGUUUGAUUCAUACUCAAGUUCUGAAGCAGAAUACAUUAAAACUUACAAAGGGCACAGAAACAAUGCUACAGUUAAGGGGGUAAACUUUUAUGGUCCACAAAGUGAGUACAUUGUUAGUGGAAGUGACUGUGGCCACAUUUUCCUGUGGGACAAAGAAACUGAGGAAGUGGUACAAUUCCUUGAGGGAGAUAACACUGGUGUGGUGAACUGUUUAGAGCCACAUCCUUUUGCUCCAAUUCUGGCUACAAGUGGCCUUGACCACGAUGUUAAGAUUUGGCUGCCAACAGCAGAAGAACCAACAAGCUUAGAUGGACUAAAGAAUGUGAUUAAGGAAAAUGACAAAGACAGAGAAGAAGAAAGACUUCGGCCUCAUGAUCCAAUCAGUGAACACCUUUUAUGGCUUAUGAUGCAUCACAUCAGAAGAAGCCAGAAUCGAGGUGAAGGUGGGGAGCAAGGCAGUGAUAGUGAGACUGCUAGUGAUGAUGAUGACGAUGAUGAAGAUGGUGAAUUGGGGAACCGAGUGCAGUGCAGUCCGUCAUGAAUGGACAUUUUAUAAUACAUCAGAUAUGUAGUAAAAUAUAAAUAUGGACAAAGAAAAAUUUGUGUUAAGUUUAGGCUUGUCUUGUGUAGAAAUGUGAAUGUGUUAGUGUAGAAUAAAUGCUUUUCAUUCGUGUAAAAUGUUGAUGUGUCAUGUAAGGUAUGCCAAAUAACAUUACAUCAUCUGAUCACUUUUCUUUAAAA